AUGUUUAAUAAUACACAAAACGAUCUUUCUUUUCGUGGACUUGUGACAAAUAUGCAGUACUUUCUUUUUAUGGAGUUUUAUUCUGAAGUUGGUACAGUAUUGUCGUUUAUUGGCAUCGUCUCAAACAUCAUCAACAUUAGAAUUUUCUGUGCAAUGGGUUUGGCUGAUGGAAUCACCGUUUCUUUCCUUUGUUUAUCGAUUUUCGACUUAGCCUAUCUCAUCAUAUCGUUUGCACUAGGAAUUUCGAUAGUUCUAGGCGUUAUAGAACAUCGAACACCUAAGGCUUUUUUCAUCAAACCUCAAGGAGUUAGUAUAAUUCUAACUAACUUCAUGGUGCUUGUCAACAUUAUCAAUGUUCUGACAACGACAUUUUUAGCAGUGGCCCGAUGUAUGUGUGUUGCCAAACCUUUGCAGUUCAAGAACUGGUUUAGUAAAACAAUAACGCUUGCAUUCAUUGGUUCAUUUAUUGUUGUUUCAGUGGUUAGCUAUGCGCCUGUUAUUGCCAGUUUAGGCUUUAAAACACAGUUUGACAUUGGGAAAAAUAUUACUAGACCAAUUCUAUGGGUGUCUCCCAAACGGGACUCAAUCAAAGUGAUUACUUGGAUAAUAUUAAACUUGAUAUUGCCAUUUACUACACAGUUCAUUAUUGUCGUGUGUAUAGUGAUUAUGGCCAACAGUCUUCGAGUCUCGUCCAGAUUUAGACAGUCUGCUGUAUCGAUGUCUGUUGCGGACAAAAAGGGAAAUGAUAUACUCUCCAGCAAAUCGACUGUGCCUACAGAUAAAUUAAGUGGAAAAGAUAUACUUGUGGUUCAGCAAGUAGUCCUUAUAUCUGUGGUGUACAUCAUUUGCAACACGCCAAAGAUGAUAAUCAGUGUGGCUGCUAUCACUGUACCAGGGUUUACUAUUGGUCAAAGGUACAGUAACUUGUACCUGAGCGUCAACACUCUUAGAUACCAGUUUGAGAUUUUUAAUUCUUCAGUUAAUACAUUUAUCUACUACAGAUACAAUACUAAGUUCCGGGAACUACUGCUGACGUGCUUCAAGUAA